GAAAAUGGCAGCAAGAAACCAAACAAAAGACCUUAAGUGUGCCACACAUCUCCUAAGUGAUAAAUUCAGAAACAUGACUGAGGAGAAGAAGGCAAUUGUGAGGGAUCUAGGAUUCGGUGGGUUGAUGCACAUCCCACCACUAAGGGUGCAUCACCAACUGUUAAGGGAGCUGGCAAACAACUUCAAACAUGGGGAGAACAGACUGGAAACAGGAUAUGGUUCUUUCAAAAUAACCCCAAGAAAGAUAAGUCAUGCGCUUGGCAUCAAUGCAACAGGAGAUCUGUUUCCUCAGAAAGUCGAGUAUAAGAAACUUUCUGAGGAUGACAAAAUAAUUUUUAGAAGAUUCCAGGGUAAGACCCUCAAAAGUCUUACCGAUGAGAUGAUGGAUAUCGGCGUUGGUAACGAAGAGGAACGCCUAAUGUUCAAGAGGAUUUUCAUCCUCUAUAUACAGAUGGCGUUCCUUUUGCCAACGACAAUAAACAAAAUCUCGCCUGUACACCUGGCCCCAAUUUUUCAGAUGGACAGCAUAACGGAUCGAAACUGGGGAGGGCAUGUUUUGACCUUUAUCGUCAAGGGCAUAACCGGCUACAAGGAGAAAAAGAAGAAGGCAAUUGAUGGCUGCCUCUUUGCCCUGAUGAUAAUAUACUUUCAUCUUUCUAAAAAUAAAGGCAAGAAGAGGGCUAAAAGACCACCAAAACCCUGGAUUGCCAACUGGAGUAAGGAGCAGUUGGUCGAAAGAAUGAAUGCAGAAACAGAGGAAAUUUUGGGGAUUGUAAACAUGGCUGAGACAUAUGAAAUAUCAAGUGAAGAUCUAGAUGAAUUGCUAAGGGGAAUCGUUGAAAAAUCUGCUACAGAGGGAAUACUGGCUGUGAACUUGGGAAGUGAUGAUCCUUCCUCUCAAGAACACACAGAACAUAGUGUAAACCAGCCGUCAAAAAGCAUAGUCCCGAUUCAAGUUUUUGUGCCGGCGUCCCAAACAACCACUGUGCCAGAACUUCAAGAAACACCUGAGACAGAUUUUGAGCCAACCCCUCUGAUACAGAUUGAAUGGACUACAGAAACGUAA